AAACCAUGUUUACGUUGACCUGUCUUGAACCAAUGCAAACCCGGUACUACUUACUAGUUUAUACUAGCACUGGGGCCCAGAUUUUUUUCAAUACGUCCCAGAAUCGAUAAUUUAAGUUUGAAUAACAACAGAGAAUAGCGUUUAUGGCCAGAAAAUUAUGCUUCCCUGUUCAACGUUGCGUUGCCAUGCAAUUCAUACGUGCGACGUGAUUGACGCGGCAGCUGUUUAUUGUUGGUGUUAGGUAGCUUGCGCCUACCGUUGAUACAUGUCUUCGAUUGCAGCCAUGACUUAGGCCGGUGUUCGCUAAAAAAAUUGUACUUCACGAAUCUGAGUGGAAGAUUAGAAAAUUUACUUUAUUUCUGAAGGUUUACAGCUUGUAGGACAAGUGCAGUUUUGUAUGGAGAAGUUUUUUUGAAAUGUGUUCAAGCCCGAUAUAGCUAUAUGAUUGAGCAGGGAUAAACGGUGACGUCCCGUCUGUUUUGAUCAUACAACUGCUUUGGAGCCAAGGGAAUAUCGCUUUGUCGUUUGAGUAUAAUUUUAUUUCUAUAAUGAUAUCGACAAAUUGUGUCUGGCUGUUACGCGAUUUUUUAAAUAAUUUUAGAAUGGGAAUAAGUUUAUCAAUAGGCUUGUGUUUAGUUGGUACAAGUUUUUGAUAUCACCACCUAAACAAGUUUACUUGUUCGAGUUUCAACAAGUUCUAUUUGUCUAUACUUCAGAUUCACUAUUAUUUAUAAUUUAGCCAUACAAAGAUCUCUUUGGCACCAUAAUGGUAGAAAAAUGUCCACAAUACAGUGCUUUGCCGUCUCCCGGGCUUCAAUAUAAUACCUGUUACAAGCACGUCCCGCUCUCUUUGAGCACAACCCCACCCGCGGCACACCCUUCAUCUUUAGGUGGUACUCCCACCGGGAUUGGUCUGAUGACUGCUCCCAAUGCUCCAAGGUUCGGCACAGUAAUACCAAGUCGCAUCUUUGUUGGAGGAAUUGACUUUAAGACAAGCGAAGAUGAUCUUCAAACGUUUUUUAGUACAUUUGGAGCAGUUCGUGACACCAAGAUCAUACGAGAUAGGGCCGAGGUUUCCAAAGGGUAUGGAUUUGUAACAUUCAGCUCGACUGAAGAAGUCAACAAAGUCAUGGACCAGGAGGACUGUCUCUACUUAAACGGGAAAAAGUUGAAUAUUGGACCUGCCAUAAGAAAACAACAAAUUUAUCUACCGAAAGACAUCCACGUUCCUGGCCCAGUGUGCAGUUGGGUGGUUCAUCCUGGCGGAUAUGCGUCCUAUACGAACGCGAAUGGAAUCACAUACUUUUUACCAACACCGCAACUGUUGUCUACACAGGUUAUGCCAAGUCAGCAACCAUAUGUGAUGGCUUACAACGGUGCUGCGGCACCUUCCAUCAACGGAUUGGGGCAACCAAUGACGCAGUAUGCCGGUUUUAGUCAAGGUACAACAGGAACCCUUCAGCCGAUCCACAGCAAUAUGACUUUGCCAUGGAGUCCUACUCAGACUGGCUCCUGUGGACAAAUUCUAACUUCCGUCCCGACGUUGGAACACAACCAGCCGAUAAGUAUGAUUCAAUUGGCAUCAACGAAUUCGGCACCUGGAAACGUAGCACCUUCCACCAGGACGCCAGCUAAUGCUAAUCAAACAACCCCCGUCGUUGCUGCAGCCGUGCCACAGACGCACAUUCAAAUUCCAACAAGUUACGUCUGCUCUCCUGUGCCUACCGGUCAACAAUCAGCUGUGCCGAUGAGAUUCGCCCCUCAUCCAGGAACUCAGGUGCUGCAUGGGGUUACUGAGCAAGGACAACCCGUGAUGCAUUCCGUUAACUAUGGACAACAGAUGUUUAAUACACCAACCCUUGGAUCCAAGCCAAAUUCCCAUGUUGCGCCUGGAGUUGGUGAUAUGGCGACUAUUACUAUGGCCGACGGUAAUGUGGUACCGGCUUAUAGUGUACAGCAAGCUGUAUAUCCUACCAUGGGCCUAGUCGGACCAGGUGAACUAGGAGCCCCUGUGCAUUACACUCAGUUGUCGGCGCACCAGGCGAGUGACGUUCUGACUCCUCCACCUACUCCGGAGACACAGUCUCAGAACAAGUGAAUAGGUGUUGGUGAAGUUUCAACAACAACAAAUUUUGCUCAGAAAGUUCUGCUUUUAGACUUCCAAAGACAGAAAACUGCCAAAGUGAUCAUCUUGAAUGUAUUUUAUGAAAUGCUUACACGCGGUGAUGCUUUCAAAACUAUUUGUACAUAAAACGCUAGGCUGCGCCUUGUACAUAAACAUGCCAAGUUCUUAGGCCAAAAAACUUUAUUCUCGACUAUUGUGAUUUAGAAAAUGUAUUUUAUUCUAUACUGUGAAGGAUAAACUAUAAAGGGAAUACGACUUCUUGGCGAUGCUAUAGUCAGUUCGCAUGAAAUGUUCGCUUUAGUGACUCCAAAGUCCUCUUAUUGAGAAUUUUGCACUAAUAUGAGAGGUAUAUCCAACUUUCCAGAGAUAGUGAAAAAACAGCGAAAUAUUAAAGAAGUUUAUGAAAAAUCAAUUUUGUCAAUGACACCAGUCUUGUGAAUGGGUAACAAAAUAUUAUCAGGUUGCCAUAUGCAAGCGUCCUUAAAGAUAGCCAUUAGGAUUCCUUAUUGAUGCUAUCGUGUCUCAGUGGUGUUUUCAUAUUUUGCUAUAAUUUGCUUGCUUAUUUUAAGAUUCUAUCAAAAAUAAAAUUGAAGAAAUAUUAAAUUUUUAACACACUGAACAAUUGAAUAUAAUCAUUAUUAUUUAAUGUUUGAUCGAGAGCGUAUUUUUGUUAGUUUAGUUUGUUAGUCCAUCGAUCGAUUGUAUAAUUUUGUCUGAUAAAUAAAUAAUGGUUCCGAAUUGAUUCAUUGUAAACGUAAUUUUACUAAUUGUAAAAAAAUGUUCUGUAAAAAAAUUAUUGAAUAAAAUAUCGUGAAAAUUG